AUGGUGCUCAUGAUGAAGACCCAGAUGGGCCUGGGUAUUCUCUCGUUACCCAUGGCUUUUCACUCUCUGGGCCUCAUCCCUGGUAUCAUUAUUCUCUUAACUGUUGCGACCAUCACCACCUGGUCGGACUGGAUGAUCGGUGUUUUCAAGCUGCGCCACCCUCAUGUUUACGGUAUCGACGACGUGGGACGCAUGCUGUUUGGUCCCAUUGGGUAUGAGGUGUUUGGCGCGACAUUCUGUCUCUGUGAGUGCGCUCCAUGUCUUUUGAUCUGCUCAUCAUUCUCAUGCCAUCUAGUCUUGAUUUUUGUCGCUGGUUCCGCCAUCCUCAGCAUCUCGAUUGCGUUCAAUGCCCUCUCGACCCACGCAGUGUGCACCGCCAUCUUCGUGCUUGUCGCCGCGAUCAUUGGAUUCAUCUUCUCCAGCAUAGAAACUCUGGGCCGUAUCAGCUGGCUUGCUUGGGUCGGAGCCGGGUCUAUUAUUGUGUCAGUGUUCAUCGUCACCAUCGGCGUCGGCGUCCAAGGACACCCUCCUGUCCAGAAAGACGGCCUCAUCCCCACCUCCGACUACAAACUUUUCAACAAUCCCAGUUUCACCGAAGCCAUCUCUGCUGUUUCCACCAUCGUCUUCGCCUACUGCGGCACGCCCGCCUUCUUCAACAUCGUCUCCGAAAUGCGUGAGCCUCAGAAAUACUCGCGCGCUUUGUUCCUCAGUCAGGGCAUCGUCACCAUCGUGUACAUUAUCAUCGGUGUUGUCAUUUACUACUACUGUGGUUCCUACGUUGCUUCGCCGGCUCUUGGAUCCGCUGGUCGGCUUCUCGAGAAGGUGUCGUAUGGCAUUGCGCUGCCGGGGUUGAUCGCUUCCAUGGUUAUUUAUCUUCAUCUCUCGGCCAAACACGUCUUCAUCCGCUUCCUUCGUGGAACCGAUCAUCUCUCAACGCAUACCCCCCUGCACUGGAUCGCCUGGUUCGCAUCCACCUUCGGCGCCACAUUAGUCGCCUACGUCAUUGCCAGCGGUAUUCCCGUGUUCAGCAGUCUCGUCUCGCUGAUCGGUGCGCUUCUUGGCACGUUCCUCUGCUUCCAGCCCAUGGGUUGCAUGUGGUUGUAUGAUAAUUGGAAGGUCGGGAAUUCGGAGCGCACGAUGAAGUGGAAAUUGGGGCUCGGGUGGAGUUUGUUUGUUAUUAUUUCCGGCACGUUCUUGAUGAUUGCGGGCACGUAUGGCUCGGUUGUCGCCAUUAUUGAUUCUUAUAAUGAGGAUGGGGGGUCGGGCGCUUGGUCGUGCGCGGAUAAUUCGGGGUCUACUUGA